CUCUCUUGUGAAUCUGAAACCAGAAGGCCGGAGAGGAGUGAGGGUUCCUUCCUCGGUAUUAUUCGCCGUAAAACUCAGUGCCGCCGGCGGUUUUUCGAGCUUUCAACGGUUCUGCAAUUCUCAGGCUUCCGGCCGUCGCCAUUUUUGCACAUAUAACCGUCAAUUUGAAGAGAAAAUUAUAUUGGUGAAUAUUGUUUUGAAAGCUCAAACGAAUGUCGUUGCCGGAUGAGGAGAUCACGAAACUGCAUAGAGUUCGUAAAACAUGUUUUGAGAUGCUUAGAGACAGAGGCUAUGAGGUAGAGGAUUCAGAGAUAGACAUGACGAGAAAGGAAUUCAUUGAUAAGCAUAAUGGGACCAUUAGAAGGGAAGAUCUUACUUUUCUCAAGUCCAAACCAGACAACAGCGAUCAGAUUUAUGUUUUCUUUCCCGAUGAUCUGAAGAUUGGUGUAAAGAUAAUCAAGACAUAUGUAAUUCGCAUGGAACACGAGAACAUACGAAGAGCAAUCAUAGUGGUUCGACAUGGCUUGACUCCUAGUGCCAAGGCAUGCCAGGCCGAGAUAGCAGGACGGUUUCAAGUCGAGGUGUUUCAGGAGGCAGAGCUGCUAGUAAACAUCAGAUAUCAUUAUCUUGUUCCUGAGCAUGUGCCACUUACAAAAGAUGAAAAGAAAGCCUUGCUUGAUAAAUUCACCGUCAAAGAAGCACAGCUUCCUCGAAUAUUGAAUACGGAUCCAAUUGCUAGAUAUUACGGGUUAAGGCGUGGACAAGUCGUGAAAAUUCUUCGACCAAUCGAGACGGGAACAAGUGAGAAAGACAAGGAUGACUUUGAGUCCAACCAGCGAGAUCGCAAACGAGAGAUAUGUUAUGUCACCUACAGAAUGGUGGGGUGAUUCCCAUAUCUGUACGAGAUUUAAGGGCUAUUUGAUUGGUUAUCAUUAAAUUAUGUAUGGAUAAAAUUAUCUGUGCAGAUUGAUCUAUAUGUGGUUUUCAUAGC